AUGACACUCAAAACCGUUGAAUCCAAACAUGAGAUCUCCGAGAAGGAGAUCCAAGUCGAGAGUCGAUCGAUCUCGGCCUCCAUGCUCUCGGACAAUUCGGCUUCCAGCACGCUUCUAGACGAUACGUCCUUCCAACCGGGCCCAACCCUGUACAUAGCAGCGCAAGGUAUCAGAGUCUUCCGCUUCCCAUUGCCAUCCUCGGAGCUCGAAAUUGCGAUUUAUCGCAAUGAUGGAAGUUUGGCAUACACAUCCACACGGGCCAAGAAGUCAUCCGGCAACAGCGUGCUUCGAGAUCCCAACAUUGGCAACCUAGUCAGCACGACAUACUUCUUCGGUCCUAGCCGUGAACCUGUCUUGAGCCUGUUACAGGCGUCUGAGAAAUCCAACGAGGAAGCCAACACCAUCAAGAUCCAAGGGAAAUGGACUUCAAGAUCAACAGCAUUCAUCAUGGGUGAUGGGAAGGUCUUCGAAUGGAGUUACGCCCACACCAAGGAUAAACAAGGAAAGAAAGUGAACUUGGUUGUCCUGCGGGAACAAGCGCCUGAUGCAAAAACGAAGGGUAGGAUAGUUGCGCAGUUGGUGCGCGGCGAAGAAACCCGUACUCCUGGGACAAAAAGCUGUACUGCUGGGAAUGGAGGACAGCUCGUACUGGACCAAGAUGCCACAAGUGUUCUCGAUGAAGCCGUCAUUGUGGCGACUUGUCUAAUGAUGAUGAAGAAGGAGAUUGAUCGAAGGAGGUUGAUUCAGAUCAUGGUACUUGCUGGCGCUGCCAGUGGUGGCCCUUGA